UGAACUAACGGAAGAGCGCUAAAGCCGGUUGUCGUCAAACUGAGGCAACAUCAUCCGGAAUGGAAUCAGCUGACGGACAUCAUGGAUCGUUUCCAAUACUUCAACCACUGGAGCGAGGAUCAGCGCCGGGACUGUCUCGGGCGGGCCAAAGUUCGAACGUUUGAGCCCGAUGACACCAUCUUCGAGGAGGGUCGUUCACCCGUCAACUACGUCCAUUUCGUGCUGUCUGGGCGGUGUGUGGUGUUGCAGUGCUUGAAGCUAAUCAAAACCGUAACAAAAUAUGGAAGCCGCCGCUAUCAUCUAGCCGAACCUCGACCCAUCGUGGAUGAAAUCACGCAGUUCCACCGCAGAAGGAGCUCCAGACUGACCGAACUGCAAUCUACCACGCUCCAAACUGCCGAGUCCUCUUCGGAGGACAACACACGAAAACAAUCAACGCAAAGUGCGCACGACUACGAGUACCACUUCGUGGACAUUGGAAGCUACUCCUGCGGAUCCGUAUUCGGCGUGGGUGAACACAUGGAUGACCGCUCGGUGGUGGCCAGGGAUGCGGUGCAGUGUCUAUUGAUUCCACGCUAUUGGUUACUGCAGAAGCGUCAGAACGUCAACAACGUGUGGAGCCGGAUACGGAUCUUCAUCGAGAAACGGCAGCUGUCACGGGAGCAGCUGUUCGAGUGGUACCUGAAGGAACUACGUUGGCGACAAUUUCGCAAACAACUCAGGGACAAUCUUGUGGCAGUGCACGCGACGAAGCAUUCAACGGCCGCCGAUGAUGCGCCAACGCUGAGUAGAAUCGAAGAUAGUGAAGCUUAUGUCUAGAGGAAAAUAAAACAAUCAAAAUAGCGUUUAUCCGACGAGUGCGAGUUGUAGAGAAUAUAGCAAGUAUUAUGAAAUUAAAAAAAAAAUGAAGCAAAUAGAGACGGUUAAUUUGCUCCAGUGCAA